AUGGCAAUCGCUUACGAUUUAAACCCCAUGGUUAAUUUGAGAUCGGGUGGAACGCCUGAUUUGACGAAAGAAUACGUGACAACGCGUAGAAGAAGAAAUCCCCAAACGCCAGAGGCACAACAGGAAUCGAACGCAGGUUUACCAACGCCUGCAACCAACAAGGUGACUGCCCCGGGGGCAUUUGAACCUGACGACACAAUCGAAGAGGAAUCGAACGAGUCGAAUAUCGAAUACGAAGACCCGGUUAACGACAACGAAAUGUCAGAUAACGCGGGUGGCCCUAGUAGCCAUGAUGUGAGCGAAGAAACUCGCAUGAGACUGGAGAUCGCGAGACUCCAACAUGAAGUCCAACAAAUGAGAACUGGUAGGGGUCAGGCCUCUACAAGUGAUGAGAACAUCAGUGCAGAUCUAGCAAACUAUCUGCAGAGGAAAGGCAGAACGUCUGCUAUCGUGAAAAUCCUUAAUGAGUUCCGUGAUCAAGACAAGGUUAUACAAGGAGAUGACGCUACGAGAUACCGAUGGGCAAUCUUGAUGAUGUCGAAGGGCAUUGAGGCAACUACGCAACGCCGUGUAGGCACCCUACACUGGGAUGGUGGCAGCGAGUUUAAAGGCCAAGAUCUGAAGGCCUACUGCCAGAGCAGAGGAAUUGCGUAUGAAACGACUACGCCUGAUACGCCGCAAUCGAACGGCCCUGCUGAACGCGCCAACAGGAUUGUUGCAGAAAAGACAAGAAGCCUUCUAUUUGAUAGCGGACUAGCUAAGGAAUUGUGGGGUGAGGCGAUGCAAGCCGCGAUCAUGAUGAUCAACACGUCCCCAACGUCAACUAAGAUAUACGGAUGCAAGCAAGUAGUUCCGCUUACGCCAUUUGAGGCAUGGACUGGGGUGCAACCUACUGCCCAUUGGAUACGCAGGUGGGGGUGCAAGGUCUACAAGAAGAACCUAAAGGUUACCAAUAAGCUCGCGGAUAGGACUGACGGCAAGGAAUGGCAGCUAGUUGGCUACCAAGGACUGCACCAAUAUCGUAUCUGGGACCCAAUUGGCCGUCGCCUUGAAAUCGCGCGAGAUGUCGUAUUCGACGAAGGACUAGACAAGGGUGAAACCACGCCUGCGAACGUGGUGAGGCAAUCGAGCGAAUUACCAGAAGAAUUGGACGUACUAGAUGCUGCUGAUGGGUGGCAACACUGCCUCCUGCGACACCUAGCAAAGGUGAAACCUGACGUUUUGAAGAUGAUUGCCAAUGGGGAUCUUGAAGGUGCGAUAGAUCCAACAUACCUUCUAGAUAAUGAGACAGAACUUGUCGAGAAUGAUGAACCAGAAGACCCUGCCAAUGAGGACGAUCCUGUCCUGAGCACCCUAACUGACCGCCCAACUACCGUGGCGGAAGCCAAAAGGAGCCCUGAUUGGGACUACUGGUAUGAGGCGAUGAAGAAAGAGGUCAGCAUGUUUGAGAACAAGCAGACAUAUAUUGUCGUUGAGAAGACCCCAGGCAUGGAUAUCUUAACUGGUAAGUGGGUGUUUGAUCGCAAGUUGAACAAUAAGGGAGAAACAAUCCGGUUUAGAGCUCGCUGGGUGGUUAGGGGAUUCCUCCAACAACAAGGAGUCCACUAUACAAAGUCGUACGCCGCGGUGGUAUCAGGACCCACGUCACGGAGCUUAUUCGCAAUCUCAACGGCAAAGGGGUGGAAGGCAAAGGCGAUCGACUACGUCUCCGCGUUCUUGAACGGCAUACUACCGCAGCACGAGAUGGUAUAUAUGCAACUGCCUACAGGGAUUAAGCACGGCAGGGGGGGCCUGGUUGGCCUGCUCCGCCAGAGCCUUUACGGGAUGAAGCAAGCAGCGAGGGUGUGGUAUUUCCUUGCGACGGAACACCUCACCACUCUAGGAUUCAAAAUCUCGCCGUACGAUGGCGGAUUCUUAUAUCACCCUAUUCGCAAGAUCUACCUGACAUUGCACGUCGAUGACUGUCGGGUAACGGGACCCCAAGAGCAGCAAUUAGACUGGAUAUUGGCAGAGAUUGCUAAAAGGUUUGAGACAAAGGAUGUCGAAGAGAACAAGCCCUACCUUGGAAUGGAAGUCAAACGUCAAAUGAACGGCGACCUAGCGGUUACCCAGAACCGUUAUAUCGAUGAGAUCCUUGAGGAUUUUGGAAUGGACAAGGUCAACCCGGCCAGCACGCCGAUGGCGGCCGGCAUACGCCUAGAAUUCUCACCAGAUGAAGAUAGCGGGUUAGAUGACGAUUUUACUGCUACUAGAUAUCGUCAAGGCUUAGGAUCGCUGCAGUAUUUGGUGUCAAGCAGCAGACCAGAUCUGGCAUUCGCGGUCAACUACCUCUCACGUUUCAACUCGCGUCCGCACAAGGAAUGCUGGGCAGCAUUAAAACACGUCCUACGCUACGUCAAGAAAACGAAGGAUCACGGAAUCCUAUACAAGAAGGAGAUGAUUGGGGGACUCAGUCCUGUCGCGUACAGCGACUCAGAUUGGGCAGGGGCAGACCCCCAAUACAAGUCAACUACAGGUUACAUUAUCCUGCUAAACGGAUCACCAAUCUCGUGGCGGUCGCAACGGCAGACCUCAGUUGCAAAAUCAACCACUGAGGCGGAGUAUAUCGCGGCAAGUGAGGCAGCGUGCGAAGUGAUCUGGCUGAAUGACAUGUUAUUUGAUGCUGGAUUAGUAGAAGGGAAAGCGAAGGUAUGCUCGCACCUGCGAGUUGACAACAAGGGCGCGAUAGAUCUAGCAAAAGGGGAGUCCUUGACAAGGAGGUCACGUCACAUCGAGAUCAGAUACCAUAUCCUUCGCGAUCUGGUUGAAAAAGGCGAAAUCAUGAUGGAACACGUUGGUUCUACGGCCAAUAUAGCUGACGGCCUCACCAAGCCACUGGCAAGGCCUGCCUUCGAAGAAUUUGUUAAGAGGAUUGGCUUAAUGGAAAUUGGCAAGAAGGGGUGA